AUGGCAACGACAAAGACCGAUUUUUCGACACCAGACAUUCCCAUGUCGGAGGCGGUGUGGCAUGUAUCGGCCUGCACCACGAUCAACGCUCCAGCUUCGUUAGUCUUCCGCACCCUUCGCAAUACCGAGACUUGGAAGGACUGGAAUCGGUGGAUUCCGCGUGUCACGAUUACCGAUCAGCCGGAUGACGAGGAUGACGCCACUCUUGCGGAGAUUGAAGAACUCGUCCGCAAUACCUCUAUUGCGGUCAACUUUGACUCGGAUCUCACUGAUGGUGCCGCCAUGCCUGACCCUGAGCCGCCACGCCGGGGCAGUCUGGGAUGGGGUGCUCAUUUGGCGCAUUCUGGCGUUCCGAGUCUGAGCCCCCCACCAGAGCAGAUUCGUACAUCGCGAGAACGCCCGCGCAGUUCAGAGGGUAUGGUAUUGCCCCCGGUGACACGGCAACGGCUGGCUUCCAAUGCAAGUAAAGUGUCUAAACAGUCGGAAAAUGAAACAUCACGCAACAACUCCACCAAUGGAGGACUACCUCGUGUCCAGAAGUUCCAAGCAGCUCAAGACGCCAGAAAAGCCUCAGUGGCAUCAGGGAUGAACGAUUCAACGCCAAACAGUACCGGUGUCAUGCUUGACUUGCCAGGAAACACAUCCGUACUUCUCCCAGCACCUCGCAAUACCGGUGCUACAGCACUUGCGCUUGCGCAGCAAGAUGGCCGCCGCAAAAGCAGCGCCAGCGGAUUCGCAGAAAAGAAACGCUUGCACGUGAAUGCGCUGUAUGGGGAACCCAGCGUGCGAAUCCAAGAUGGCACGAAAAUGACAUUCCACGUCAAGAUCAAGAUACCAUCCAGCGCGGAAAUACGCGAUCAAAAUGUCUCGGUGAUUGAGGUAUCACGACCGGACGAUCCUCUGGACAAUUCGGGCCCUCGGGAUCUCAAGCGCAUCCAGACACAUACUGUUAGCAAGUCCGGAGUCUAUCGGCUCGUUUGGUCGAUGGAUACCAAGUACAAUCCGCCAAAGUCAUACCCUAAAUUCCUGCUACAGGCACAGAGGGUGCACGAGAUCCGACCGAUCGUGGCGGGAGAUGGGAAGGAGAUGUGUGAGUAUUGGCAAUGGGAGGCUCAAAAAGGUCUUCUGGCGAAGCGAGGCAGGAAAGAUCACUUUACGUAUUACGAGCAGAGAAUGGUGGAAUGGGGGAAAAGGCUAGGUGAUUUCUGCGAGAGUAUGGGUGGUGCUGUCGAGAGGAGGGACUUUGUCUCAUGA